GCGGGCCCCGGAUGUUGUGGCUGCACUGGGGGAGAUGGCCGAGGCCGAGGGGGUGGUGGCCGCGGCCCCAGCAGACCCAACUUCGGGGCUGGCUUUCCGGGGCCGCCGCGCACUGUCAGGCUCCUGGGAGCGGGAGCAGCGGGUGGAGGAGGCGCAGCGGGCCCUGGUGGAGCUGCUGGGGCCUUACGAGCCGCUGCUGAGCCGGGUGCAGGCAGCCCUAGUGUGGGAGCGACCUGCCAGGAGUGCCCUAUGGUGCCUGGGUGUGAACGCGGCUUUCUGGUUCUUUGCACUGACAUCCCUUCGUCUUGUGUUUUUACUUGCCUUCAGCUUGAUGAUUAUUGUGUGUAUAGAUCAAUGGAAGAACAAAAUCUGGCCUGAAAUAACAGUGCCAAGACCUGACAACGCAUUAGACAAUGAGAGCUGGGGUUUUGUGCAUCCUCGGUUGCUCAGCGUACCCGAGCUCUGCCACCACAUAGCUGAAGUCUGGGUCAGUGGGGCCAUCUUUAUAAGGAAUCUUCUGCUUUUCAAAAAGCAAAAUCCAGGCAAGUUCUGCUUGCUGAGCUGUGGGAUACUGACCUUUUUGACUGUCUUGGGCCGCUAUGUCCCUGGGCUCCUGCUGUCAUACUUAAUGCUUGUCAUUGUCAUGACGUGGCCCCUCACUCUGUACCACCGGCUGUGGGAUCGAGCAUAUGUCCGGCUGAAGCCAGUUCUCCAGCGGCUGGACUUCAGUGUGCGUGGCUAUAUGAUGGCCAGGCAGAGGGAGAGACAAUCACGCCGCAGAGCUCUGCACCCCGAAAGCGCUGUAGAUGACCACAGUGACAGUGAGGAGGAGCUUGCUGCCUUCUGUCCACAGUUGGAUGAUUCUACUGUUGCCAGGGAAUUGGCCAUCACUGACUCUGAGCAUUCAGAUGCGGAGGCCUCCUGUACGGACAACGGCACAUUCAAUCUGUCUAGGGGCCAGACGCCUCUCACAGAAGGCUCGGAAGACCUAGACGGUCACAGUGAUGGCGAGGAAUCCUUUGCCAGAGACCUUCCAGACUUCCCUUCCAUUAACGUGGAUCCCACGGGACUGGAUGAUGAGGAUGACACCAGCAUUGGGAUGCCCAGCCCCAUGUUCCAACCCCCUCUCAGGCCUGAAGAACUGCGGGUGCCCCCUGCCAGCCACGAUGAGGCUGCACUGCCACAGCUCCUGCUUUCCGCCCUGCCUGCAGGAUCCAACCUCACCAGCAAUCUCGCCAGCCUGGUCUCGCAGGGAAUGAUCCAGCUGGCCCUGUCAGGGGCCUCCCAGCCAGACCCACCUGGCCCCCCUCCCCGGAGAGCAACGAGAGGCUACCUCCGGUCCCCCAGUUCAGACCUGGACACUGAUGCAGAGGGGGACGAUUUUGAACUUCUGGACCAGUCGGAGCUGAAUCAGCUGGACCCUGCCAAUUCCAGGAGUCACUGAAGCAGAGACUUUUGUGGGGGGGUCAUUGGUUUGGGUUUGUUUUUCUCCCCAUCCCACAUAAAGAAGGGCAAGGGGAGAGUCCAGGCCCAUCCCCUGAAUUCCAUUUGUUUGCUGGUCAGCCUGGCUGCCCUCGAGGCCUGCAGAGAGAACACACUCUCGCCAGUUCCCACCGAGGUCCCCACUGCUGAAUGCUGAACUCAGUCCCUGAAGUGAGAAUGAGGCCCCAGGGGAGGCCACUUUCCCUCAGGAAGGUAACUGUAGGGUACAUAUUGGUCCCCUUGAGGGGUGCUGCUCUUUGCGUCUAGGUCUGGGUGCAUGGGGUCCUCCGUGCUAGAAAGCCCUUUCCUUUCUUCCUCCUGGGAUGGUGUCCCUAGAGCUCCAGGAGAGCAGCAGCUGAGAGUUCCAUGUCAUGUUCCUCAGCCCUGGUUUGAUUUUUCUCAUUCCCUAGGCACAUCUGGCCUUUGAGUCUACACAGCAGGUCUGUUCCCUCUGUCUCAGCCAUCCUCAUUUCUGGAGGCCUAACCCAGCUCUCCAGAAUGAUGCUGGUGAAUUUAAGAAAUGUGAGCACGAUGCAGAGUGGGCCUUGGGGUGAGCAGGCGAGUGGGCGCCUGAAUGUCCGGGCCUGCCUGGUUAUCUUUGGUGCUGCUAAACCCCUGGUUCCACUUGACUGUCAGCCUGAGCAAUGAGCAAAGCAAUACCACACCCAUCCCUGUGUUCCUGUUUUUCUCCCUGCUCCUCUGGGGAAGCAAUAAUCCCAUGGGGGAAUGUCAAAAGUAGCACUUUACAAAUAGCUCAGUGGCAUUCAUCCCAGGAGCCACCGGCUCUUCUUGCACCAGCUUUUCUUACUCCCUUUCAGCUUCCCUAAUGCUUUUAUUUUCAACUCCCCAACUUGGCAGGGGCUUCUUAACAGAUGAGCCCAGUUCAAGAAAAUGUCUAUAAUCAGCUGAGACCCCUCUAAAGAGUAACUAACUAUUUUACUGCCCUAGUAAAAUCAUGUGUGACAUAAGACCAAAAAUGAUAGUUCUAACCUAUGCCAGUCUAGUCUCCCUAGUCAGAGAUCAAGCCAAACUCUUCUUUCCUUUUUCCCUCUGCAUCAACCUUUUGCUGAUCCUCAGGGACCAUUCCCCCGACAUCCCAGACCUGGGUGAGGGAUGUUAGAGCCUGUUUUUAUGUGCUGCUGGGGGGAGUGCGAACAUGUCUGCUCUGGGCUGAUGGGCACAGUAAAGACAAGGGGAGGAAAACAGUUAACAGUGAGAAGGAAGGUGAGCUCGGUGCCUGUUUCAUAAUCAUUUACCUAUUGGUGAAAAAUAUAAUGCCAUCUCCCCAAUGGUGGGUUCUCCCAGACUUUGGGCACCUCGUUUCUCCUCAGAGCCCAGAUGUCCUACAGGUGAACUCUGAUGUGGAAGAUGGGAGGUGUGGG